AUGCUGAGCGGACGCACUGCUCACCUGUCGCUGCGCAAGAAACACAGCGAGCAGACAGAGACGGAGGAGGAGCAGCUGGAGCGAGGAGGAGCGAAAACAGACGAAGAAGAAGAAGAGCUUCAGAUCUUUGUACAGAGGUCCAAAAACACCAAGACCAAAAUCCUUAAAAAAAACUUAAACUUUUAAAAAACUGUAAAGAAAAACUUUUUAAAACACUUUGAAAAACAAAUAAAAAAUUUGAAAAAAAAAUUGUAAAACUUUGAGUUAAAAACUAAUAUUUUUUAAACUUCUCAAAACUUUUUUUUAACUUUAAAAAGCACUUAAAAAAACUCAAAAAUUUUUAAAAACCUUUUUUUUACUUACUUUCUUUUAAAUGUUUAAGAACUUAAAAUAAAUUUUAUAAAUGUUCAAAAAAUAAAAAAAAUUUAAAACCUUUUAAAUACUUUUAAAAAAACUUUAAAAAACUAAAGAAAAUUUAAAACAAAAACUUAGAAAAAAAAUAUUAAAGACAAUUUAAAAAAAUUAUUUUUUUUUUCAAAACUGUAACAAACUUUAAAAAACUCCAAAAUUUAAAAACUUUUUAAAAACUGUAAAUCAUCGACUGAAUAUUUUACAUCACAUCUAUAAAUGUGCAGAAACUCAAUAAUAUCACACACACACACACACACACACACACUCUCUCUCUCUCUCUCUCACACACACACACACACACACACACACACACUCCUAGUAUUGUGAAAACCAGACCAGGUUCUCCUGAGUCCUGAACCAUGACCCGCCCACUCAGACCAGGACAGUUUUUAAUUAGAGAAUAAUGAGAUUAUAAUGAGAUUUUAAUGAGAGCGAUUAAAACGGUUUUAGAAAUGAGUGACUGUGUGAAUCAUGUUCGACUCUCAGGUGUGAACAGGUGAGGAAAUAUUUCUGCACAUUCCUCACAUUCCUCACAUUCCUCCUCUGAACUUCACCCUGCAGCUCCUCGUCGUCUCUGACCGUGAACUCUUCUGAUCUGAAACUUCCUCUCUAUUAAAACCAACAGUUUAAAUCUGUGUGGGUUUGACCUUUGACCCCUGUUCGUGUUCAUCGUCAUGGUGACGUGUGUAUGUGUGUGUGUGAGGAGCUGUAGUGUGGUUCAGACCCGACACCUCUGUGUGUGUUUGCAGGUUCUCGAGCUCGGAGGUGUGAAUCUGCCUCCAGCUGCCGACCCUGCGGGGGAGGGGGGAGAGGUCAGCGGGGGUCAGCUGAGGGACGCGGCGUCCUCAGAGCAGAAGUAA